AAUCACUGCUCCAGUUACCAGAUCCUCCAUUUCAGACCGUCCAUCCCAAAGGUAUUCGAAUCAGACGGUAACCGUAGCUCUGAUGCAGAACCGUUUCGGUGCAGCGUCAUCUCCUUCCUGAGAAGGAAGCCGAGACAAACCUUCCUUUCAGACACUUUCUCUCUCUUCAUUCAACCAAAAAAUUACCAAAACCAAACCCUAAUUCUCUGAAAUUCGAUUCCGUUCCUGCAAAGUUCUUCUCCAAAAUCAACGAAUCCCACAUACCCAGAUCACUUUUCCACUGCCUCCUAAUUCUCUGUCAUCAAAUUUGCAAUCUUUCUCUGCCUCCCAAUCAUGGAGAAGGAGGAGAACAAGUCCGACAUUCAGAAAAGUGGAGGCGAAAGCGAAGAGACCGAACCCAUAGAGCUCGUUCUCUUUCAAGUGCCCGAGUGUUACGUCUACAUAAUACCUCCAAGAAAGAGUGCAGCUUCUUACAGGGCUGAUGAAUGGGAUGUCAACAAAUGGGCAUGGGAAGGGAUAUUGAAAGUGAUUAGCAAGGGAGAAGAAUGCAUCAUAAGACUUGAAGAUAAGAACACAGGUGAGUUAUAUGCUCGGGCUUUUUUAAGAAAUGGAGAGCCGCAUCCUGUGGAACCUGUUAUUGACAGCAGCAGAUAUUUUGUUCUGCGGAUAGAAGAGAACAUAGGUGGUCGCCUUCGGCAUGCUUUUAUUGGCUUAGGAUUCCGAGAAAGAACAGAGGCUUAUGACUUCCAAGCUGCCUUACAUGAUCAUAUGAAAUAUCUGAACAAAAAGAAAACUGCAGAAGAGAUGGAACAACAUUACCAGCAAAGUUCCUCAGUUGAUUACAGUUUGAAAGAAGGAGAGACUCUUGUACUGCAAAUUAAGAACAAUAGAAGUGGCCUCAAUGUGAAGUCUAAGUUUUUUGACCAGGGUCUGAACAACUCUUCAGAAGAGAAGAGUGGAACAAAAGAAUCUGUACCUAGUAUUAAGUUACCACCACCUCCUCCAGCACCACUUUCACCCGCUGCUACCGUGCAGAAUUCUCCGACAAACUCACCUACAAAAUUCAGCCUUGAGAAAACUUCUGAAGUUGAGACCUCUAAAACAGUUAAAGAAGACACAGAACGUGAGAACUCUCCUGAAAAUCAAAGCACACAGGAUAUACCAGAUGAUGAUUUUGGCGAUUUCCAAGCGGCUGGUUAACUUAACCAUUGCGCUGUCUGAAUUUGUGACGAUUAGGAAACAUGCAAAAUUAUACACUCAUUGUUCAUCUGGUAAAUACCACAGACUGUUGAUUCAGCUUGGAGAUUCAAUUAAGAAAGAAGAAACUACACUCUCUUCAUAGGCAACAAAAUGUCAUUAAGAAUCAACUUAUAUGGUUUGUAAUCGGUGGUUGUUUUAGUUGCACUGCGAGGGCUACUACUAUGAGAGAUUUUCCUCCCUCUUGAGUCAAUUUAUUUCAGUUUUAUGAUUUCUUUACAUUUCUCAGAAUUGUCAUGCUUCAAUAGUCAUUUGGUGUAUCCUAAACA